UUCUCGAGUUUUUGAGGCUCCACCGUAUUCUCCUCCGUUUGUUUUCUGGCUGUUGUUCCACGUGUACCAUGCAGGUCCUUGGAUUGUCGUGCGUUUUCGCUCUCUGGCUCUCUUGCCACGUCUCUGUUUACGCACAUCAGCCUAUUAUAUUGAGAAACACCGAUCCAUUUUCUGAUACUAAUAUCGACGACGAACUGUCGGAGAGAUGGCUUCUUUCUUACGAUUACACUAGGAUAUUUCCAGGAACAUUAUGGUGCGGCCAGGGUAAUAUAUCAAGUGGACCGAAUGAGUUAGGAAAAUUGAAAUCAACAGAUGCAUGCUGCCGAACUCACGAUAUGUGUUCCGAUAUAAUCGAGGCUCGUGGCACUAAACACGGAUUAACUAAUACCGCUGACUAUACGAGGUUAAGUUGCGACUGCGACGAAAAGUUCCGUCAAUGUCUUAAAAAAUCGAAAGACGAAAUAAGUGGCAAGUUAGUGGGAAUGGGCUAUUUCACCAUAUUAGGAACGAAAUGCUUCCGAAUGGAUUAUCCUAUCGUGAAAUGCAUAGAAAGAUCCUGGCUUUUCUUGCGAUGUGAGAAGUACGAGCUCAAUACGAAAGGUCAGAAAAGGUAUCAGUGGUUCGAUUUACAUACGUUUUAAUGUUAAGGACGAUCCACAGACGACAUCGAGUAUCUUCAACAUUGUAUCUUCAAAAAGUCAAUAUUGUACAAGUCAACAAAGUUGCAAAAUAGCAGCAUAAAGAUAUAAAUGUCACACCCUAUCAAAAUGACGAUAUGACGCAGAUAUUCACAGGCUAAAUAAAACGUCGAUACAACCUUCUAAAUGCACAGAAUAAUUUCUUCCUAAUAUCUCGUCAGAUCGAGGAUUUAUUAAGAGAAAUGCGCGGAUCGCAC